GUUGGCAGCAUUUCAUUCAGUGUGUCAGUCGCACGAGCAAAUGUGCAGCGACACAAAAGGCACUCACGCACUCAUAAACCAAACACUGCAUGCACCCAAAACAGUCUUCUGAUGCAUAGUCCAGACAUCUGCUCCAGAGGUAGACAGUCAGUCAGUCAGUAGAUGUUGGCCUUGAGGCCAGACGGCCGAUUGCCGUCGUAGCACACGUUGGGCUUCUCGUAUCGCGACAGCGGUAUAGACAGCCCCGCCUUGUAGCAAUGCGACAAGUCGCUCAAACCGAUGCACCUGCACAGCACAGCCACACACACAGAGAGAGAGGUUGCUUCCCAGUGACUCGACUGACCUGGGCACGGCGAAUUCUUUGGUUCGCUCUUCGAACAGGAUGGUGGUCACACUGGAUGGGGCCAGCCAAAAGGACGAGUAGGUGACGACAGGAGGCAACUGACAUACACAGAUGCACAAAAUGAUACACAUACACAGUGAGCGAGAACAAUGGCUGGCUGUUCCUGCUCUCCUUUCUCACACCUACCCUACCUGCAGCAAGUGGGCGAGCCAUGUGAGUCCGAAUCCGCCGUGGCAGACCACAGCCACCUGUGAACGACGAUGCGGCGCCUUUGCGGCACUCGAGAGGAUGCGAUACCUGACACCCAUACACAAACAGAGCCAAAGACGAAAAGUGAGUGACGGCCGCUCACCCACCCACCCACCCACCCACCGGCCCUUUCUCAGUUUGCCUACUUUGAUCCCUCCUCUCUCUCAAAGCCAAGACGCCGGAAAAACUCAUCACUCCUGAACAAAUAAACAGGACAAAAUGAACGAUAUACGGCUUGCAUUGCGUCCUGCGUGGGAUGGCUGGCCUUCCUACCUACCUUUCGCAGAGGUUCUGGUAGAGCUUCUGUAUCUCCUGCCCAUCAUGCAGCAGUUCCCACUGCGUGCCGUGCGUGUGUGGGAUGUCAGACCCCCUCGCCAACUCACCCGCUAUGUCUGCAUGCCAUCAUGUCAUGACUGACCUGUGCUGUGCACUCGCUCACCCCAUAUAGCCCAGCCACCUGCAUCGAUACCAUAACGACAGGUGCGUGCCUGCCACUCCUUCCUUCCCGCCCAUACUAGCUUACCUUCUCCCGGCCGCGCAUCGCAGUUCAUCCACUUGGGCCAGUCAACCAGCUCCUGCAUGCAACAGCCAUUCACACAGACACCUCAGCAUGACAUCCAUCCCAUCUGUGUGCCCCCACUCACCUUUGUCCAGUCUUCUAUCUCGAGUGGCAGCCCGAGCGAUGCUGCAGCCGCCUCAGCAGUGGCCCUCGCUCUUCCCAUUGGCGAGGAGAACAAGCGCGUGACGGGCGGAUCUUCUGCGGCGAGCCUUUCGGCCAGCGCAGCAGCCUGUUUGCGCCCCUCUGGCGUGAUGCUAUCACCGUGGUACUCUGGAUCUGCGUGCCGAAUGAGGAGCAGCCGCAUCGUCUGCAGAUCUGUCUGCUUCCUGCAACCAAGCAUCACAUUACGAAGCAACGGCAUGGCACGAGGACACGCAGCUGGGAAUGAUGGUUCGUACCGUGAUUGAGCCGCUUCCGCUG